ACGAUUUUUAUAUCUGGCUUCCGUGGAGGAACAACUCAAAGCAACUUCUAAGGCACAUGCUAGUACUCUUAUUUUGAAGAUGGUGACUACGAAAUACGACGGGAAUAUCGGCAUUCGUGAGCACAUCAUGAUGAUGAACGAUAUGGCCCGUAAGGUUAAGGGAUUAGACAUAGAGAUUAGUGAAGGUUUUUUGGUGCACUUCAUCAUGACUUCUCUUCCUGCAUCUUUUGAAGCUUUCAAGAUCAACUACAACACACAGAAGGUCAAGUGGUUGAUGAAUAAGUUGAUUGCUAUGUGUGUACAAGAAGAAGAGCGUCUGAAGCUGGACAAACCGGAUGUGGCUUACCUCAUGACGGCUAAUCCAAAGAAGAGGAAGGGCAAUGUCGAUAAGAAGGAAGUUCCUAAAGUCUAGAAACGUGAUGCAAGUGCUGCUUCCAGCUCUAAGAACUCCAAAGGGAAGUCUUACUGCAAAUUCUGCCACAAGGAAGGAUAUAGACAAAAAGACUGCCAAGACUUUAAGGAUUGGCUGACAAAGAAAUAUAAUCAUCUCUACAUGAUAAUUGAGUCCUUUAAUUUAAAUGUUCCAACUAAUACAUGGUGGUAUGACUCUGGUUCUAUGGUUCAUGUAACCAACUUACUUCAGGGAUUCCUUAGAAUCCAGAAGCUGGAAAGAAACUGAAGAACACUUAAAUUAGGGAAUGGAACAAAACUAGCUUUUGAAGCCGUGGGAACCUUAAAAUUAAUAAUGAAAACUGGUUUAUGUA